AUGUCAAUCUUGAGGCCAAACCCUGGUGGACUUUACCCUAUAGUAGAGCUCAACUUUAAAGGUGUUUUUCUUCGAAAUCCUUUGUCUUAUAACCGUGGUAUCAAAUUCACAUUUAAUGAUCAUGAUUUUUCUGGAAUCACAUACUCUGAGUGUAUCACCUUUCUCGAACGGUUCAUGCAAGAAAGUAUAAACAAGUUAUACUACUAUGAGAUUCGUAAGUCGUUAUUAUCAGGGUUAACUGUUAUUCGUAACGAUGGAGAAUAUGCUACUUUCAUUUUUGAUGCUUAUGGAGCUGAUGGUUUAAUUUACAUAUAUGUAGACCAUGAUGGUAAAGGAAUAGAGGACUUUGGCUCUAAGAUAGAAGAAGAAGAACAUGGUGAUAAUUCAUACAUUGAUGGUGGUGAAAAUGAAGAUGAAGUUAAUAACCAUAGAGAUGUGGAGGUGGAAUUUAAUGUGGAUAUAGUCAAUAUGAACAAAACAAAGGGUGAUGAGUUUCUGUCUGAAUUAUGUGGUGAGGAGGAAGAAGGAAACGAUAACAACAUAGGUGAUGAUGUUGAUGGGUGUGAAGAGGAGGCAAAUGUAACUCAACAACAUUCUAUUUUUAAUGACUCAAAUCCAUGGAAAAAAUAUUACCAAAUACUUUGUAUGAGAUUCAACGAUCCAACUUAA